ACUUGUUAAACUUAAUUUUGCAUUUCAUUUAUGUUUCAUGUGUCUUACUUUCAUUUAGUUUUUAUUAUGUAGUUUUGCUCUUAUGUUUUCUUAAAUUAUUAAAUAAACUAAAGGUGCUAGAUACAUUAUCUGUUGGUUAGGACUAGGGAUUUAUAAGUUGCCAGUUUUGAUGGUACCAGUGACCAUAGUUCUUAAGGCGUCGCCUAGGCGUCAAGGCGCUCAGGGAGGCCAAGGCGUCGCCGACGCCCAGCCAGAAGAGAGGAAGAGUAAGGGGAAGGAGCGACCGGGAGAUGAAAGGAGGAGCAAGAAGGUUACCAGAACUAGCAAGCGACGACCUCCGCCUUCCUCAUCCUCGACGGCACCGGCGCCGGCGAGAUCUGGCCCCCAAGAAACUAGAGAGGUGCAAGGACUUGAAGGGGGAGCGGCUGCGGUGCUCCAUUUGAGCAGCUGGAGGGGACGCCGGGGUUCGUUGCUGCACGGUUCUGCUGCGGCUGCAGUCGAUGUGCAGGGGAGCGCCGGCGGAAGGGAGGAGAGGAAUGCGGGGCGGAAGGGAGGAGCGGCGACACGGCUGCGAGGGAGAAGCGGCGCUGCUGCGAGGUAGCGAGGGAGAAGCGGCGGCAGUUCUGGAUGUAGGGUUACGGGGGGUGGUCAUGGGCUUGUUAGUGGGCUGGGCCUUACAUUCUUCUUGGGCCUUUUCUCUUUUCUUUCUUCUUUUCUCAUUUCUUUUCCCCUUUAUACUGCUAAUAUGCUGCUUUUACGUUGGUGUAUGGCGUCGCCUAGGCGUCCAGAGGAGACUAGAUACAGAUUGCAAAGUUGAUCCAGGAUCAUUUGAGUUUAAGAAAAACAAAUUUGGCAAACCUGAGAUACUGUGGCAAUCUGAUGACAGCAAGAUGGAAUGGCCUUUGCAUUUCAAUAUUUCACACACGUCUUCUUUGAUUGCAUGUGGCAUAACCAUGGAUACUCCUAUUGGCAUUGACAUUGAAGAGAAGAAACGAAAGACAGCCAAGAAUAUUUUAUCUCUCGCUCGCCGUUAUUUCACCCCAUCUGAAGUUGAUUAUCUAGCUAAAAUGCCGGAUCCUGAUGCUCAGCAGAAGGAAUUCAUAAAACUAUGGACUCUUAAAGAAGCAUACGUAAAAGCUCUUGGAAGGGGAUUUUCAGGUGCUCCUUUCAAUAAGUUCUCAAUCGAAUUGACAGCAAAGAAUGGAAUCCGAAUUUCUGUGGCACCAAAAGCAUUCAAGGAUUCUGACUGUUUGUCCGAGAAUUGGCAAUUUGCACUUGCGGAGCUAAAUAGUUCUCAUUACAUGGCAGUUUGUGUAGAGGAUGACUCAAGAAGUUCAGAUUCUGGGAAUGGUCGGCUACCUCUAGGAUUGAAAGUAUGGAAGACUGUUCCCUUCGUAGAAGAUACGCUUGUUUCUGGAACAGAAGCUGCGACUCUUAUCAGUUGAGUAUGUGAGAGUCUGCUAUUAGCCUUAUGGUUUCACCAGAUGAUAAUGCGAUACAAUGAAUUCAUAUUUUGGAGAAGUAUGCAGGGAAACUCUGAACAUUCUUCAAGCAUUGAUUAGGUGAUUGCUGAGAUCAUGCAUUAGUGGGUGCUCGGGAAAUACGAUUUUCAGAGUCCAGAUAUUCAGAUUAAGACUGUUAUUAGCUGUAGCCUACCACAGCAAACUAUUUCGGAAGGAAUAAACUGUUUGUUACUGUUGCAAAAUUAUGUAUCAUUGGAAAAGAUACUCGUAACAUGUAUAGACUUCUAUAAAAAGUAACAUUGGAAGUAGCUCUUGUAGUAUUUCAUUGCAUUGACCCAAAGUUGGAUACGUUGUAUGUCAUAGUCAUUGUGGUCCCAAUAUGAUAAUUUGGAAUAUGAUUUGAUGUGUCA